AUGAAGGGUACAAGUGGGGAAUCGAAUUGUACUUGUUAUAAUAACCUUGCUACUGAUUAUCCUGGUGCUGGUGCUCUCAAUAUUGCUCUUCAUGAACCUGGUUACAUUAUUAUGUAUAGUGACUAUCCUUAUCCUGGUUAUGGUCAUUGUCCUCCUAUUUUUUAUUUUCCUACUCGUUGUGAUGAUGUUCAUCCUCCUCAUCCUGAUGAUGAUAAUAGUAUACACGCUAUUGAAACCCGUUGUUGCAAUUUUUGUUGUUAUGGUAUUGGUAGUAAGACUACGAAUAAACCUAGUGUAAUCGAUGGGAAUCCUGCCAUAACUUCACCUUACAAUUUUGCAACGCAUUCAGUCACUAUCAGUGUAUUUACAACCAUGGGAUUACUGUUAGUUUUGUCAUUGAAAAAUUAA